CGCUCGCGCCUCCAUUAAUUCGGCCUCCUCCAAACCGUUCGCGUCUGUACUCUCUCUCUCUCUUCCUCCCCCUCCCCCGCCCCCGCCGUGUGAAGUCGCAAGAAUCUUCUUCGUGGGCUGCCGCCGCCGCUGCGAGUUGCGAUGACGACGGCGACGGCGACGGGGCAGUGGUAGUUAGUACUAUCCAUCCACGCAAGUCAAAAGGGGCUAUAGAUCUCUCCGUAUAUAGCGCAAGCCCCACGGCGGCUGGUUCAUUUUUCCGAGCUAGCUGCUGCCGCGCGAGGGUGUAGGAGUAGGAGGGGGAAAGCGAGAGGCCUCCUGCUAUGCCCAUGGACUACGGGAAGAGGCAGCAGGGCGGGGUGGUGGCGAUCGAGUGCGUGGCGGGCGGGUCGCGCGCGGAGGAGUGGGGCACGGGCUGCGCCGAGACGGUGCAGACCGGCGACGUCGUGGAGGAGCUCCUCAUCGGGGUCGGCGGCCGCGGCGGGCCGGCCGUGCACGCCGCGCCCUUCAAGGGCGGCCGCGCCGCGCUGCAGAAGCUCCUGCACGCCGCCUACAAGCGCGGGGACACGUCCGUGGAGGUGCGCGUGCGGCGCCCCGCGCACGCGCAGCAGGGGCAGCAGCUGGUGCCGGGGGAGGCGGACAGCAGCGGCGAGCUGCUGGGCCCCGGCUCGGACGCGGCGGCCGCCAGGAUGCAGGCCUGCAUCGUGCCGCAGGAGACCGCCGGCGGCGGCGGCGGGAUGGCGAUGGUGGGGCGCAGCCAGAAGUACGUGCUCCGGUCCAUCCGCGACCCCAACUACGCCGUCGGGCUCGUCGACCGCAGCGAGAGCGAGUGCGUCGCCUUCCGAGGGUCGAGGAGCUCUCGGGUGGUGUGCGCGCUGAGCAAGGCGCAACUGCAGGACGGCUACGUGUCCUACCCGUGGGAGAAGAAGAUGAAGGAGGUGCUGCCGGUGCCCAGCGCCAGCAGCUUCCUCUCCCUGCUCGUCCUCCCCACCGCGCUCGACCGCGCCAACUCCCGCUACAACUCCGUCGACGACACGCUGGCCCGCGCCAACGCCUGGUUCCUCGCCUCGCAGGCCGCCGGCGUGCCCAUCGCCUUCCUCAACGUCCAGACCGAGGCCCUCCUCACCAAGAUCUCCGGCGACAUGGCCUCGGCGACGGUCAACUCCGGGUCGCUGGCCGACCUCCCGAACCUCGCCAACGCGAGCCUGUACGGGUUCGAGGACUACCACGGCGUGGACAUCGGCGUGGUGAAGGCGGUGCGCCUCUGGUUCACCGCGGCCGCCGGAGAAAUGCCCGUGGAGAUCACCCUCGAGGAGGGCGACACCAAACUCGGCUUCGCCAUCAGCCGCACCGAAGAGGGUUUCCUCUACAUCUCGUCGGUCAUGGAGGACGACGGCAGCCGGCCGGCGCCGUCGACGCGGUCGGGGCUGCGCGACCUCUACCGGGAGGCGAAGCGCGCGUCCAAGCUGCUGGUCAUCUCCCGGGUGUCGUGCCGCAAGGUGCUGCCGUGGAUGGUGUCCACCUCCGGGGCCAUCCGGUGCUUCGACACCGUGUCGCUGAGCCAGAAGCUGUCCCUGCACCGGCACGCCCUGCGCCCCAUCCUGCUCCACGUCCUCAUGUGGGACUUGGGCACCGACGCGCCGAACCGGCCGCAGGGGGCGCCGUGCCCGACGCCGCAGCCGUCCCCGGCGUUCGCCGAGCUGCUGCGGCAGAACUCCUUCUCGUGGGUCGACCAGCCGCCGCAGGCGGACGACGAGCCCGGGAUGGUCCAGGGGAGGGACACCGCCGGGGACGCCUCCUUCAGGUUCCACAACUUCUCGCUGCCCAACAACUGGGUCUGAAGUCUGAUGAAACGCCUUGACUACGUGCGUGGCCGCUGUGCUGUACAUAUGUACAUCUCGAUUAGCCGGUUUGUGAUGAGAAGAAAGAACGCUUUGCAGUGUCACAGCGUACUGCGCAGAGUGGAGUGGACUAUAAUUUUGACCCCUAAAAUA